AUGGAAACCUCAGAUAAUGCACCAGAUACGACGUCUGUAAUUAAUAACCGAAAUAAUUUUUUUGAUGAUAUUCACGAGGAGGUUUCUUCUGUACAAAACGAAAUGCAAAUAUAUGCUACGAUGUUACAAAUUCCAACACAUCCUCUCAACGAUCCAUUAUAUCUUACGGAAAAUCCGCUUAUAUGGUGGAAAUUACAUCAUAAAGCAUUGCCUAUUCAUGCCAAGCAAGCCCGUAAAUAUCUUGCAAUUCCUGCCUCGUCAGUUCCUUCCAAAAGGUUAUUCUCAGAUGCUGGUAAUCUUUUUAACGUAUAUCCCGAUCUUGAAAAUUAA